AUGAAUGAAAAUGAACCUGUAAUUAGUAGUGAUACUAAUAAAGGAUCAAAAGGUAUACCAAUGAAAAGUGAUAUUCGUGAUAAAGUUAAUAAUACCAUGUCAAGUGAUUCUCCAUCGAUUGCAACUGAUGGAGAAGCCAGCCCUAUUUCUAAUGUUGCUGACUCUGAUAUGGAGACGAAACAGGGAACACCAGCGUACCAAUUAUCAUACCAGGUGGGUGUGGCUGAAAAUAAAAAUGCAAAAUUUAGGAGGACUAUGGAAGAUGUUCAUACAUAUGUGGAGAACUUUGCAUCGAGGUUGGAUUGGGGAUACUUUGCUAUCUUUGAUGGGCACGCUGGUAACCAAGCCUCAAAGUGGUGCGGCUCGCACCUACAUACAAUAAUUGAGGAGCGACUUCUGAAAGCAGAUUCACAAGAUGUUAGAGAUAUUCUAAAUGCUUCGUUUGUUGACGUAGAUAAACAGAUAAACAGUACUUUGGAAGGAAAUAGUGGAUGCACUGCAGCAGUGGGAAUCCUACGAUGGGAAGUCCCUUCAUCAGUACCGAAGGGUUCACUGAAUUUAGAACAGCAUAAGAGGAUGCUAUAUACGGCGAAUGUGGGGGAUACAAGGAUAGUAUUAUUUAGGAAUGGACGUAGUGUUAGAUUAACCUACGAUCACAAGGCAUCAGAUAUGAUUGAAAUGCAGCGGGUGGAGCGUGCAGGAGGGCUCAUUAUGAAAAGUAGAGUUAAUGGUAUGCUUGCGGUAACGAGAUCGCUUGGUGAUAAGUUCUUUGACACGCUAGUAGUUGGAAAUCCGUUUACUACUAGUGUAGAAAUCACCACAAGCGACCAAUUUCUCAUUAUUGCUUGUGAUGGUUUAUGGGACGUUAUUGACGACCAAGCAGCAUGCGAAAAAAUUAUGCACAUAAAAGAUGCUAAUGAAGCCGCCAAAACGUUGGUGAGAUACGCUUUAGAGAAUGGUACUACUGAUAACGUCACCGUAAUGGUUGUUUUUUUUGAUAAUCAUCUUUAA